AUGGCGCUCUCAUCUCCUUCCGAGUCCGUUUCACGGGAAUCUUCUGUGUCUUCAGAUGCCUCUGACGGUGGAAUUGAGGUAGACCAAACGGAUUUGCAAACCCGUACACCAAAACGCCGACGCCUCUCAGAGUCCUCAACAGACUCUCACACCGCAGCGCCCGCCCCAGCACCACUGCCCUCUCUCUCACGAAUUAAGAAAAAGUCCACGACAACCAAGGACAAUUCAACGGCAAAGGAUGAUGAGAAUCCUGUGCUUAUUAAAGACGCGCUGGAUAUCGGGCUCAAUGCCGAAGAGUCUUCGUUUAAAGCGCUGAAAGUGGCGCCCUGGUUAAUUGGCUCAUUGACGACCAUGGCUGUUCGCAAGCCAACUGCUAUUCAACGGGCUUGUAUUCCAGAGGUUAUGAAGGGCAGGGACUGUAUUGGUGGUAGUCGGACGGGUUCCGGAAAGACGAUUGCCUUUGCGGUACCGAUGUUGCAGAAGUGGGCGGAGGAUCCGUUUGGGAUUUUUGGAGUGAUUUUGACGCCGACUCGUGAGCUUGCGCUUCAGAUUUUCGAGCAAAUCAAGGCGAUUUCCGCCCCGCAGAGCAUGAAGCCGAUUCUCGUCACUGGUGGCACAGACAUGCGCUCGCAGGCCCUCGAGCUCGCGCGACGGCCUCAUGUCGUUGUAGCCACCCCAGGUCGUCUGGCAGAUCACAUCAACACCUCGGGCGCAGACACAGUCGCUGGACUCAGACGGGUCCGUAUGGUAGUUCUCGACGAAGCAGAUCGCCUCCUCUCCCCCGGACCAGGAAGCAUGCUCCCAGACGUCGAAACCUGUCUCUCCACUCUCCCGCCCUCCAGCGAACGCCAAACCCUCCUCUUCACAGCAACGCUCACCCCAGAAGUCCGCGCGCUGAAAUCUAUGCCCCAAUCCAACGGAAAACCACCCAUUUUCGUCACCGAAAUCUCCUCCGAAACGAAAGAUUCUAUUCCACCUACCCUCAAACAAACAUACGUCCAAGUCCCCCUCACUCACCGCGAAGCCUUCCUCCACGCCCUCCUGUCCACAGAAUCAAACAGCUCAAAACCCACCAUCGUUUUCACGAACACCACCAAAACCGCAGAUCUCCUCGAGCGUCUCCUCCGCUCGCUAGACCACAGAGUCACAUCCCUUCAUUCUACAUUACCACAGUCUGAGCGAAACUCGAACCUGGCCCGCUUCCGAGCAACGGCGGCCCGCGUCCUCGUUGCGACUGACGUCGCCUCGCGUGGUCUCGAUAUCCCGUCCGUUAGUUUGGUUGUCAAUUUCGAUGUCCCCAGGAACCCGGACGACUAUGUGCACCGUGUUGGGCGUACCGCGCGUGCGGGGAGAUCUGGUGAGGCGGUGACGCUUGUGGGGCAGCGCGAUGUGCAGCUUGUUUUGGCGAUUGAGGAGCGGGUGGGGAGACAAAUGGUAGAGUAUGAAGAGGAGGGUGUGAAUCUUGAGACUCGGGUUGCGAAAGGGACGUUGUUGAAGGAGGUGGGGAGUGCAAAGAGGGAAGCCAUGGUGGAGAUUGAUGAGGGAAGAGAUAUCUUGGGUAGGAAGAGGAAUAAGUUGAAGAAGGUUAGGUAG